CUACACACUCUCACUUCCCCAAAAUUCAUCUCCGAUUUCUUCCUCCUUCAACCAAUUCAACAGGGUAGGAUGAGAGAAAUCCUUCACGUUCAGGGUGGGCAGUGUGGUAACCAGAUUGGAUCAAAGUUCUGGGAAGUUGUAUGUGAGGAACACGGCAUAGAUCCAACAGGAAAGUAUAUUGGGAGUUCUGAUGUGCAACUGGAACGUGUGAAUGUCUACUACAACGAGGCCUCUUGUGGGAGGUUUGUACCUCGUGCAGUGCUUAUGGAUCUGGAGCCUGGCACCAUGGACGGUGUUCGAACUGGUCCCUACGGCCAGAUCUUUCGACCUGAUAACUUUGUCUUUGGUCAGUCUGGGGCUGGGAAUAACUGGGCCAAGGGACAUUAUACCGAGGGUGCUGAGCUUAUUGAUGCAGUUCUUGAUGUGGUGCGGAAAGAGGCUGAGAACUGUGACUGUCUACAAGGUUUCCAAGUGUGCCAUUCCUUGGGUGGAGGGACAGGUUCCGGGAUGGGUACUCUAUUGAUCUCUAAAAUUAGGGAGGAAUAUCCUGACAGGAUGAUGCUCACUUUCUCAGUCUUCCCAUCACCAAAGGUCUCUGAUACCGUUGUUGAGCCCUACAAUGCCACUCUCUCUGUUCAUCAACUUGUUGAAAAUGCAGAUGAGUGCAUGGUGCUUGAUAAUGAAGCUUUAUAUGAUAUUUGUUUCAAGACUCUCAAACUCACCAAUCCUAGCUUUGGUGAUUUGAACCACUUGAUCUCUACAACGAUGAGCGGGGUCACUUGCUGCCUUCGUUUCCCUGGUCAACUCAACUCCGAUCUUCGAAAGCUUGCAGUCAAUCUCAUUCCAUUCCCUCGUCUACACUUCUUCAUGGUGGGAUUCGCUCCAUUGACGUCUCGUGGGUCCCAGCAAUACCGGGCCCUCACCGUUCCGGAGCUGACCCAACAAAUGUGGGACGCAAAAAACAUGAUGUGUGCCGCCGACCCACGACAUGGGCGGUACCUGACCGCGUCAGCCAUGUUCCGAGGCAAAAUGAGCACGAAAGAGGUGGACGAGCAAAUGCUCAACGUCCAAAACAAGAACUCAUCCUACUUUGUGGAGUGGAUCCCGAAUAACGUGAAGUCGAGUGUGUGUGACAUCCCUCCGAAAGGGCUGUCGAUGGCAUCAACAUUCAUAGGGAACUCGACUUCGAUUCAGGAGAUGUUUAGGAGGGUGAGCGAGCAGUUCACGGCCAUGUUUAGGAGGAAGGCUUUCUUGCAUUGGUACACAGGGGAAGGCAUGGACGAGAUGGAAUUUACGGAAGCGGAGAGCAACAUGAACGAUCUGGUGUCGGAGUAUCAGCAGUACCAGGAUGCGACGGCCGAGGAGUAUGGAUAUGAGGAAGAGGAGGAGGAGGAGGAGGGUGUGUAGGUUGGAAGUCUGUCACCGGACUCUGGACCGAGACUAAGAGGAGGUGUGUACAUCAGCACAUGGUGAUGUCUAGUUUCAUUUGGUAUGGUUUUUGGUUUGGUUUGGUUAGGUUAGGUUAUAUAUAUAUAUAUAUAUGUAAUAUGAAUGUUGUUAUUUCCAUUCUAUUACUUCACUAUGAUAAGAUGGUAAAUGUGUUGGUAGUUUAUUAACCGCUGUGAUAAGAUGGUAUGGUUUUUGGUUUGGUUUGGUUUGGUUUGGUUUAGCCAAGUUGAUGUAAAUGAGCUGAUUUGGAAGUUGGGUGAUC